GCAGGGAAGCCCCCCAUCCAGGACCUCUUCACAGACCUGUGUGAUGGCCGUCGCCUGCUGGAGCUGCUGGAGGGACUGGCAGGGCACGAGCUGGUGAAAGAGAGAGGAGUCACGCGCCUCCACUCACUAAACAAUGUUAAUAGAGCUCUGCAGAUCCUACAGAAGAACAAUGUUGAACUGGUGAAUAUAGGAGGAGCCGACAUUGUUGAUGGGAAUCAUAAACUGAUUCUUGGACUCAUUUGGAGCAUAAUUCUCCACUGGCAGGUAAAGGAUGUGAUGAAGGAUGUGAUGGCAGGCCUACAGCAGACCAACAGUGAGAAGAUUCUGCUUAGCUGGGUGCGCCAGUCCACCAAGGACUAUCCCCACGUCAAUGUGGUCAACUUCUCCUCCAGCUGGGCCGACGGCCUGGCCUUCAACGCACUCAUCCAUAGCCACAGGCCCGAGCUGUUUGAUUGGAGCAUUGUGGAGAAGCAGAAGAGUGCCAUGGAGAGAUUGGAUCACGCCUUCAGCAAAGCUGAGCAAACCCUGGGCAUAGACAGACUGCUGGACGCUGAGGAUGUGGCGGUGCUGCACCCUGAUAAGAAGUCAGUCAUCAUGUACAUAACGUCUCUGUUCCAAGUGCUGCCUCAGGGCGUAACCAUGGAGGCCAUCCAGGAAGUAGAGACUCUGCCUCGGACCAUCGUCAAGCAGGAGGAACACUUCACCAUCCAGACCCAACAACGCUACUCCCAACAGAUCACAGUGAGUGUGUCUCAGGGGCGGGUUCGUACCCCCUCCCCCUCUCCUAAACCUCACUAUGAAAGCUAUGCCUACAGUCAAGCUGCAUAUGUCAAGUCACCUGAACAAAAGAGGAGACGCUUUACUGAGCAGACCCAGCUGCUGCGUGGGGGCAGUCAGGAUGACCUGGAGCGGGGCCUGAGCCCCCUGGCCCCUGGGGCCACCCAGCUGGAAGACUACCAGAGCAUCCUGGAGGAGGUCCUGACCUGGCUGCUGUCUGCAGAGGAUGGCCUGCAGGCCCAGCCCCGCAUCUCCUCUCACGUAGAGGAGGUCAAGGAGCAGUUCCACACCCACGAGGGCUACAUGGUGGAGCUGACGUCCCACCAGGGCAGUGUGGGCAGGGUGCUGCGUGCGGGCAGUGCCCUGCUGGGUGAGGGCCAUUUAACGGAGGAGGAGGAGAAAGAGGUCAGGGAGCAGAUGAACCUCCUCAACUCCCGCUGGGAACACCUCAGAGUGGCUAGCAUGGAGAAACAGAGCAGACUCCACGAGGUGUUGAUGGACCUUCAGCACCAGCAGUUGAAGCAGCUCACUGAUUGGUUGGAGCUGACAGAAGGGCGGAUCAAGCGGAUGGGGGCUCAGCCUAUGGGGCCAGACCUGGAGGAUGUUAAACACCAAGUAGAGGAACACAAACUGUUACAGGAGGACCUAGAGUUGGAGCAGGUGCGUGUUAACUCUCUGACACACAUGGUGGUGGUGGUGGAUGAGAACAGUGGAGACAGCGCCACCGCUGCCCUGGAGGAGAAACUACAGCACCUGGGAGACCGGUGGGCAGCCAUCUGUAAGUGGACAGAGGAGCAUUGGGUUCUGCUACAGGAGAUCCUACUCCAGUGGCAACACUUCACUGAGGAACAGUGUUCGUUUGACUCAUGGUUGACUCAGAAGGAGAAGUUGGUUCUGUCCAUCCAGAGCAGUGGCAUCAAGGAGCAGAGUGACAUGGUGGCCAACCUGAGAAAACUAGCGACGGUGAAGGGAGACCUGGAGGUGAAGAGACCGACCAUGGACAAGCUGUGUUCUCUGUGCCAGGACCUGGUCUCCUCAGUGAAGAACAAAGAGGUGGCCCAUAAGCUGGAGGCCCGGCUGGAGAGCUUCGCCCAACGCUGGGACAAACUGGUGCAGAGCCUGGAUAGGAGCAGCUCACAGAUCUCGCUGGCUGUAACCACGGUGCAGACCGCGCAGACGAAGCUGACACACUCGGUGACGGCGAGCGUAUCCAAGGUGACGACGCGUGAGAAGGUGGUGGUGAAGAAUACUAAAGCAGCGCUGCCCUCUCCACCGCCCCAGAAGAAGAGACAGAUUGUUGUCGAAUCAGAGCUCAGGAAAAGGUUUGACAUGGACUUCACUGAGCUGCACAGUUUCAUCACGCGCUCCAAGGCCAUCCUACAGAGCCCAGAGUUCUCCAUGUCCAGGAAGGAGGGCAGCGUACAGGAGCUCCACGAUAAAGUCCUGGCGAUAGAGAGGGAGAGGCCAGAGAAGUUGCGGAAGCUUCAGGAAGCAACUCGUUCGGCACAGGCUUUGCUCGAUCAGCUGGCGAGCGAGGGUGGUAGUAGGAGGGCUGAUGACAUCCAGAAAGCAGCCGAGGAGCUCAACACUCGCUGGGAUGGGUUCUGUGCCCUGCUGGCUGAGAGGCUGGAGUGGCUGGCCUACCAGAGCAAGAUCCUGGCCUUCUAUAACCUCUGGCAGCAACUGGAGCAAGCUGUAGUCAACUCUGAGAACUGGCUGAAGGUCCAGCAGCCACCGGCCUCAGAGCCUGAACCUCUGAAGCAUCAACUGGAGCGCUGCAGAGAGGAGAUAGCUCGUUUCUCCUCUCUGGAGCCCCAGGUCAACCUGCUAAAGGAGAAGCUGAAGGCACUUAGGGAGAAGGAGAAUGCUCCUGUCUUCUUCGAUGCAGACAUCACUGACUUCACACAGCAUCACCAGCAGGUCCUGGAUGAGCUCCAGGCCCGAGAGAGACAGCUGGUGCUGGUUCAGGAGAGCCUUCCUCCAGUGCUCUAUAAGGAGACAGUAUCUACUCUGUUGGCCUGGUUACAGCAGUGUGAGGCGAGGCUAACCAUCCCCUCUACAGCCGUCACUGAAUACCCUGUCAUGGAGGGGAGGCUGAAGGAUGUCAAGGUAAUGCAGGUUGCGCUUGCAGAGCACCAGAGGGAGGUGGACUACCUGACGUCUACAGUGGACCAGGUUUUUCAGAAGGCCCCUCCAGAGAUCAGUCACAAGUACAGGACAGAGAUGGACAGCAUCAUGACUCGCUGGAGACGCCUGUCCUCAACGCUAGGGGAACAGGCGACCAAGAUAACAGAGCUUAUGGCUAAAUUACUGCAGUUCCAGAAUGACGUGAAGACUCUGAGGAAGUGGAUGGCUGAUGUUGACGUGUUCCUGAAUGAGGAGUGGCCAGCGCUGGGGGACUCAGAGGCCCUGCAGAAACAGCUGGAGCAGUGCACUGCCCUGGUGAAUGACAUCCACACCAUCCAACCCAGUCUGAACGGCAUCAAUGAGGUGGGCGUGUCUCUGAAGACAGAGGCGGAGCCACCAUUCGCCAUCCAACUGCAGAAGGAGCUCGAUGAGCUGAACGCUAUGUGGGAGAUAAUCUGCAAACAGGCCUAUGCUAAGAAGUCCGCUCUGAAGGGGGGUCUGGACAAGACCAUGAGCCUGAGGAAGGAGAUGGCUGAGAUGCAGGAGUGGAUCACUCAGGCUGAGGAGGACUAUCUGGAGAGAGACUUCACCUACCAGACCCCUGAGGAGCUACGCAAGGCUGUGGAGGAACUCAAGAAGGGUCAAGAGGAGGUCCACUCUAAAGAGCUGAAGGUGAAGCUGCUGACUGACUCUGUGAACAGUUUCAUCUCCAAAGCCCCUCCGGCCGCCCACGAUGCCCUCAAGGCAGAGCUAGUCGUGCUGACCGCUAACUACCAGAGACUCUGCAGCCGCCUGGACGGCAAGUGUAAAACCCUGGAGGAGGUGUGGGCGUGUUGGUGUGAGCUGCUGUCCUACCUGGAGCAGGAGAACGGCUGGCUGGACCAGCUGGAGCAGAAGCUAGAUGAGACAGACAACAUCCAGGGGGGAGCAGAGGAGCUCUGUGAGGCCCUUGAUGCCCUGGACACAUUGCUGCGUCACCCUGAAGAUGGGAGGAACCAGAUCAGAGAGCUGUCUCAGACCCUGAUGGACGGAGGAGUUCUGGAUCAGAUGAUCCAGCACAAACUAGAUGCCUUCAACACACGCUGGGAUGAACUCAUGCAGAGGGCGGUUCGUCAGCAGCAGCAGCUGGAGAGGAGUGUGCAGUCGGCCCAGGAGAGUGACAAGACGCUGCGUCUCAUCAAUGACUCUCUGGACGCCACCGACCGCCACCUGUCUGCCUACAUCGCUGACCACAUCGACGCAGCACAGAUACCACAGGAGGCACAGAAGAUCCAGACAGAGCUGAAUGGUCACGAGGCGACUCUGGAAGACAUGAAGAAGAAGAAUACAGAGAGAGACCAGUCAGAGAGAGUAGCAGCCCAGAUCCACCUGAUACAGAAGAAACUCCAGGAGGUGUGUGUGAAGUUCAGGCUCUUCCAGAAACCUGUGAACUUCGACCAGCGUCUGUCAGAGUGUGAGAGGGUUCUCUGGGAUGUGAAGGCACAGCUGGGGGUGUUGGACAUACGCAGCGUGGAACAGGACGUGGUGCAGUCACAGUUGGAACAAUGCAUGAAGUUGUAUAAGAGUUUGAGUGAGGUGAAGUUGGAAGUAGAGACAGUGAUAAAGACAGGAAGACAGAUCGUUCAGAGACAGCAGACGGAGAAGCCUAAAGAGCUGGACGACAGACUCACUGCCCUCAAGCUGCUCUAUAAUCAACUGGGCGCGCAGGUGACGGAGGGAAAACAGGAACUGGAGAAGAGUCUGAAGUUGUCCAGGAAACUGCGUAAGGAGUUGAACAGCCUGACAGAGUGGCUAGCUGCUACGGACGCUGAGCUGACUAGGCGGUCUGCUGUGGAGGGGAUGCCCAGUGAUCUAGAGGCUGAGCUGGACUGGGCCAAGGCAACCCAGAAGCAGACAGAGAAGCAUGCUCCCCAGUUAAAGGCUGUAGUGGAGUUGGCUGAAGCCUUGAAGGCAGUGCUGAGAGGUCAGGAGAGCCUGGUGGAUGACAAGGUCCAGCUACUCAACUGUAACUGGGUCGCUGUCACCUCCAGGAGUGAGGAGUGGUUAAAGCUGCUGCUGGACUACCAGAGCCAGGUGGAGACGUUGGAUGUGAAUAUGAAGGUGAUAAAGGAGUGGAUGGAGGGAGCAGAGAAAGAGAUGGACCAGAUAGAGAACCAGGGACCCAACGACCCUGUCCUCAAGGGUCUGCGUGGGGACUUGGAGGUGAUGCAUAGUAAGGUGGAGGCGGUGCGGGUGCUAGGCCGGGGUCUGCUGGGGACUCGUGGGGAACACUGCCAGGCACAGCUGGGGCCCAAACUGGAAAAGCUCAACCAGCGCUUUGACAGCAUCGCACAGCGCAUCACUGCAGGACAGGCGGCAGCAUCAGCAGUGGAAGUGGAGCAGUUCCACAGUGAAGCUAAGAUCUGGCUGGACCUGCUGGAGGAAGAAGAGAAACAGGGAGAGAACCUCAAGGAGGAAGAUUUCACAGGACAGGACGGGAACUGUGAGGAGGGGGCAGUGAAGGAGCUGCUGCUGAAAGGACAGAAGCUACAGAGGAGAGUUCCAGACCUGGACAAGAAAGAACAGAUCAGAAUCAAACACAAUCAGCUCAACACUAAAUACAACAGUGUCAUGGACCUGCGUGGUGUGAGGAGGAGGAAGGCCCUGGCGAUAGCCCCCCAGUGGUACCAGUACCGUAGGAAGACUGAUGACCUUCUCCAGUGGCUGGACGACAUUGAGAGGAGCGUGGCUGAACUUCCUGAUCCAGCAGAGGAACAGAGGGUUAAGGAGAUUGGCUCAGAGUUCGAUGAGAAGAGUGAGGAUCUGAAAGAGGUGCAGGGAUUGGCCAAAGCGCUGUCAGACGCAGGGGCGACCUCGCUGGUGCAGCCCCGCCUCCUCCAGCUCAACACACGCUGGCAGGAGGUGGAGGCUAAAUUCACCCCCUACCGCCGACAAAGUGAGUACCUAGGAGAGCUGCAGACCCUGCUGCGCUCCGUCUCUGAGACAGACUUCCAACUGAACUCUCCUGAGUACUGGCAGGCCGUCUUCUACAACCUACCCCAGCAGGGACAGUGCCUUCAGGAGGUGAAGGUGAAUCUGAAGAACCUCCGCCCCCCUGUAGAGGGCGCUCUAGCCAGGAGAGAGGAGGUGGUGGCCAUCGCUACUCCAGCAGAGAGCACCAGGGUCCAGGAGACAGCUCUGCUGCUCAACACUAACUGGGACAAAGUCAACAAGUUGUACCUGGACAGGCUCAGGCGCUGGGAGACGUCGAAUGCUAAGUGGCUGAAGUUCAUAGCGGACCAGAAGGUGCUUGGUGAUUGGUUGAGUGGUGCGGAGACCACUCUGAAACAGGCGAAGACAGACCCUGCUGGGACCAGACCACACCUUAAGGAGCUGCAGGAGAGCGUGGGGGCCCAGGGGGGUGUGGUGGCAGGGCUGAACGCUGCAGGGAAGGAGAUCAUUGGUCAGAGUACCCAGGAGGGCGGAGCUCAGAUCAGGCUACAGCUCAACACCCUCAACACACGCUGGGUGAACGUCACCCAGGAGAUCGCAGAGAGGAAGAGGAGGUCUGCAGAGGCACGUACUGCAGCAAUGGGGCUGCAGGAGGACAUGGGGGAGUUCCUGUCCUGGCUGGAUGAUGCUGAGGAGGUAGUGGCCAUCCCCCUGACGCCUGGAGAUCACCACCAGAUGAACGCCACCCUGGAGAAAGUCACGGCUCGUGUGUUGGAACUACCAGCCAGACAGGACAAUGUGGAUACCAUCAACACGAGGACCGGCACCGUUCCCCUCCCUGCUGACAAACAGAAAGAAAUCAAGAUGAUCAACACACGCUGGGUACAGGUGUCUAAAAACCUGCCUGAGAAGCAGAGGCAGAUUGAGAGCUUGCUGAAGGAGCUGUCUCACUUCCAGGACCAGCUGACUUACCUCUCCUCGUGGACCUCAACCACCAGGACCACCCUAGAGGAAAACCCUGACAAUGUGGAACCCAAGCUCAUAGAUGAAGUCCAGGUCAAGAAGCCUGAGGUGGAGGGGGUGUUGGCUAAGGGCCAGGAGCUGUACAAGGACACACCUCCCAGCCAACCAGAGAAGGAGAAGUACCACAGUCUGAGUGAUGAUUGGAGGGCCAUUCAGGGGCAAAUGAUAGUACACCGAGAGAGGCUGGCCGCUCUGAGGAUCCAGAAAACCACCAUUGAGACCCUCCAGGGAGACGCCCCAGCCCUGGCUCAGUUCAACAAGGCCUGGGCAGAGCUCUCUGAUUGGCUAUCCCUGCUGGAUCAGAUGGUACAGACACAGAGGGUGACCGUGGCCGACCUGGACGACAUCAACCACAUGAUCGUCAAGACCAAGGGAGCACUGGGGGACAUGGAGCGGCGGCGCCCCCAGCUGGAGGGUCAGCUGACUGUAGCCCAGAACCUGAAGAACAAAACUAACAACCAGGAGACACGAGCUGCUAUCACCGACCGCAUUGACAGGUUGCAGACCCACUGGGAGGAGUCACAGGGCAGACUGGCUGAUAGACAUCAACAGCUACAGAACAUGCUGCAGGACUCCUCUGAUUGGUUGGACGCCAGGAAGGAGGUGGAACCUCUCAUCAAACGAGCCAAUGACAAGCUGGAGUCGUGGCAGGAUAUUUCCUACACCAUGGAUGCUCUGAAGAAGCAAAACACUGACCUCAAG